AGCGGAGGGAUACAACAGACUCGCACAGCAAUCGUUACGAGCAUUCGCAAUGCCUUCGGCCCUGUGUGCACCAAAGUUGGUAUUGAAGUCAACCCUGGUACGCCGGAGGAGUGCAUUCAACAGCUUGGCGUUGCGUUUGACAAAUUGGUCGAAAACUACGGCAGGAUGUUGCAAGACACGGCCGUGAUACUUGACAAUGGAACAGCGCUUCUUGAUCUGGAUCUGGAUCUGUCAGAAAACAACCCCAUCAACGUAAAGGUGGAGGAGUUCACAAAAGAAGUGUACGCUCAGCUCGAAAAGUCACGCAAGGACAGGGAGAAGGCUAUCCGCAAAUUCUGCGACCUUGAUAACUGGGUGACGGGUUUUACGCAGAGCGCUCGCGAUUCUUCCAAUAGGCUGCGUCUCGCGAUCAAAGAAGACGCCACAGGCCGAGAGCAGAUAUUGACGUCGUAUAUGACCAGCCUCGAGUUCUGGUACAGCAAGCAUACCGCGAUGCAUAAGUCUGUACGCAAGCAGAUCAACGACACCAGCACAACUCUUGGUAUAGACAUCUCAAGCAAGAGUAGCACGUCUCCAACCGAGAAGACGAAGCUAUUGUUAGAUGGCGUAACGAAGCUAGUGCGAGAUAACGACACGAAAGCGAACGUUCGAUUAUCGUCGCUUGUCGAGGUCAUGAGGUCUGCACUUUACGUCAUGAAGGCCACCAUACCAUCGGAUGUUACACCUGAAGCUUUCUUCAGCGCCUACCACGAUCAUGCCAACAGUCUUGUCGAUCUUCUGUCUUCGGAAACGGGCAGUAUAGAACACUCUGCGGACGAGGUUACGGGCGCACUCAGCGGUAAACGAAUAAUAUUCCAAGACCGCAUUGCCCAGAACACCAGACUACAUAACGAAAACCUCCAGAAGCUCCAUGAGAAUUACGGCGCCUGCAUUGUGGAAAUGAUCAAGUCGAUCCAUUCCGACACACUCUCGUUCCAGGGCCUGGUAUACCCUGAAGAGGACGUCCCAGAUCUGGAAUUACGACCGGACAUGUCGCUUGAGGCGGCUUCGGCCAAUGCCCACGCAGCCAAGACAUGGGUUUUCGCCUGUGCAGGGACGAUUGGAACCGCGCUCACCGGUAGGAAGGUCCAGGUCGAACAACUCGCGUUGGAUCUUGCAGGGAGGAUCAACAGCCAAAGGUCGCUAUUGAAGGACUAUAUCGAGCUCAAGGGUGAUUUGCAGGACAGUAUGCAGUUGGCGAAUGACCUGGGCGUUCAGGUAACCAGGCUGACGGGGGCUUAGUUGCCGAGGAUGAGUGUCAACGAGAGAUGGGAUGACUGGUGCACGUAGUUAGGAG